UAGCUGAAGAUACAUACAUACAUAUAUAUAUAUAUAUAUACUUCCAGCGUCCAUAUCGGUAGAAUAUAUGAAGGAGCUGGCAUCGGCCAAGGGAUAAUUGAUCAUGCAUAUCCAAAAAACAAGCCAGGCUGGCCAGAGAUGAAGGCCAACACCUCUCCAACGCAAGGACACUUAUUUAAAGAAAGAUAACAAUAUAAACGCCCUGCAUUAGCGACGCAGCUUCCCAUGCAAACUUGUAUUGAGAACAAAGUUGCAUAGGAGACAUUCAGGAAAGAAAAACCUGUUAUAGAAAUAUUCAGAACAAAAUCGAUAAAAAAACUGCUGAACCUUUUCUGCCCACCAUGACGUGUCUUCAAGGAAGAUGCUAGAACACAAUACUGUUCAGAAAACAGUCAGGCCCGGAGCUGCACAUGGCGAGGAUGAAGAAGAUGGCAAGCUUGGUGGCGCAGCAGCAUUCCACAUGGUCACAAGCAAAGAAGAGACAAUAAACCGUUAGAACAAACUGGUCAUGGGGGAAAUGAAGGAAGGGCUUGGUGGUUUAGCAGGCGUUGACGCCUACACAGCUGACCAUGGCUUUGAGGAUUGGUGGGCGAGAGGAGCGGAGGGAAGGGAAGGGAAUCAUAAGUUAAUCCAAUCACACUGGUCAAUAUGGAGAAUUUACUUACAAAAAAUUGUUAAUUUCAACAUUUUUGACAUAUUUUAUAUUAUAUCAAUUUAUCUAAAUUACAGGUAUAAAAAAUUCCUUGAGAGCUUCCCUCGAUGAGUUCAUAUUAUGGGUAAAAGUAUUCACAUUUUUAAAACAUACCUGUGACAACUUUUACUAUAUAUUCUACAACACUUUAGCCCAAAGUCAUUUACAGAAUGGUGUAUAGUUUUCGAAAACAACAUGAGAAAAUUCAUGCAUACAAAUAGGUACAACUUUGUACUCCCCCCGUCCCAAAAUAACUAUCUCAACUUUAUACUAGAUCUAGUAUAAAUUUAUACUAAGCUUAAGACAGUUAUUUUGGGACGGAGGGAGUACUAGUAAAGUACUCUAAUUUCAAAGAGCUUAUUUGAGAAAGAGCAAAGUUCAUGAUAGUAAGUUUGUGUACGUACUACAUAGUGAAAAAUGCUAAUAUUUUUUAAAAACAAAAUAACACAUGCAUAUUAAUUUCAAAACUGAAAAUUUACUGGGCCAACCAGAACCACCAUCGUUGGAAUAUGUAGGCCUGUUCCCCGCAAAUUGACCUCCGCGUGGUGGAGGAAUGGGCUUUCGUAUCACAGCACGAGAUGGCAACUCAAUGUCAAGGAGGAAGUGGAUGGAGAGGAGAAGAGGCAUGUUCGGUAGAGUUGAAGCCUUGAAGAUGUUGUCUUGAAGCCUUGAAGGGGAAGAAGACACAGCGUGAGUUGUUAUGUCCGAGUUUGACAGGAUGAGAUGAUACACAGAUCGAUCGAGGAGUAGCCACACAAGUCGGCCCAUCGAUCCACCGGCGGCCAGCUGGGAAAUCCUAUGCGAAGGACCGAAGUGGACUUAUAAUAAUCAAUGGGGCGAAGCCGAGGAUCUCAGCACCGAGAAAUGGUGUCACAUAACGGAAACGUUCAUCGGUCACCACCUCGUUCACGAUUGAUCAGCAAACUGGAAGAAUCUGAUGGACAAUCGUUAUGCCUAGUUGCAGCAGCCUGCACACUGCUCAGCACUGUCUGCAAUUUCCAAGUAUUUCUAUUAAGUGAUGAUGAUGGUUUUACCAACAAAGAAAUUAGUGAGUUUGUAACUGGCACAAUGGAAUUUGCUAUUUGCUACUCCUAUAUAUUUUUGAAAUUGCACGAGUUGAUCUUGCCCAACUUUGCACCCUUGAAGUCGUGGAUCAAAUGGGGUCGUAACUUCCGGAUUUUCAGAGACACUGGCGUUUUUGUGACUAUAUCCUACCUGUUAUUACUGGACAUCAGUUGGAGAUUCGUCUCGCUUGCCAUCUUUCCCGUCAUGGCCAUUGCUUUCAUAGGAGCACUGUACUUCAAGCUCGAUCGUCAUACAGGCGACAUCAGUCGCAAAGUUACGGGGCGAUCUUCUAAGGUCGACGAGAAAACAAUCAGGACACCUGUGAAGCUUCAGAUCAUAGUGGUGGCAACAUUCGGGGCGCUGUUGGUGAUGGAUCAACUUGAUGAUGAUACUGCUAUGGGCUUCGCCAUCUCGCAGUUCCUCUUGUUCCUGAGCUCCACGGUGGCGGCGCUGACGCGCAUGAUGAUAAAGCUGCCCACUGGCCCUUUCCCGGGUAGUGCACCGGCGGCAGAGCUGCUCCACAAGACAUUGCUUCUACUUCUACUGGUGACGGCACACACAUUAGCCGCGGAGUGGCUGGGCGAGGAUGUGGUUCUGUUCUGCAUGCCGGAGGUUGUCCCGGUGCUCCUCUGGUACAGCCUUCACCUCGACCGCCCACACCACAGCCCGCUCAUCAGCGUUGUCAAAAUGAAGCCACACAUGAAGGGGCUCAUUGCCCUAUGUACACUGGUAGUAGCUCCUCUUUUCGCAUACAUGGUGAACUCCAUGGAUGUUUCUGGGCUCUCCUGGUGCACGAGGAUUAUGGUGUCAUGUGGCGUCUCAGGGGCUCUGACCUACUACCUUGUGUUCAUGCUACGCUCCUGGCAUUGGCCACGGCAAAGAGAACCAGCAGCCGCUGGCAGCAGCAAGGACGAUGUGGUUUCGUCCGGCAUGCUCAAGUUUUUGGCAAAUGCUUUACUCAUAACGGCGGCAUUGUUGCUGCUGCUAUGGUAUAUGGUUUCUGUCCGACUUGGUCUGGAGACAGCAUUGGUUGAUACACUACGUCGAAAUCUGCAACAACUCUAGUAUAUAUAGUAAUUACUGUGUAUAUUUUUUGUCCAUAUCAUCCAGAAAAGGACCAGGUACCAUUUUCAGUAAGGCAGACGCUAGGGAUCAACGGCCUCCUUGUUCGUCUGAUCAAAUCCACUCUAGCCGUUAGAUUUGCAUUAGCUCUUUUAGCGCGUGCACAGUACAGCCACACUUUGUACGUGAGUAUAUGCAUGAAAACUUGAAU